ACGCGACCAGUCGAUCGAGAGCUCCGGCGCCCCAAAUUCCCACUGCCCUUCCGAGGUUUGUGCUCAACAGACCAACCCCCAUGGCGGCGCCAGAGUCCAAGCACGAGACAGAAACCCCAGCACCCUCCCGCGAGCAGCCGCCGGAGCCAGUAGCCGAAGCCGCCGCCGGCCGGGAGCUGCAGCCAUGGGAGCAGCACGCUGCGGUGAUCAAUCUCCCGCGCUACGACUACCGCGCGUCAGGCUCCCUCCUCCUGCGCUCGCACUCCGGCUUCCUCAUCACCUGCCCCAUCAAACGAGAGAAAAGUGCAACCAAGGAAGCCAUUUCAAUUCUUGGAGAGUAUAUUAGCGACGCAAGCAGCCAUAGUUCUGAAAAGUUGGAACCAUGUGUUACAGAAGCGGCAACAAAGAAAAGAAAAAUAUUUCCCGAGGCAUCCGAAAUUGAACAUUCAGAAGAUACAAUAACAAAUGGGAAGGGUGAUGCGCCAGAAUCUACUGGCAGCAUUGAAGUAAAAACAAAUUCACUUCACUCCGAUACAAGUGGAAAUCCUGACAGGACUUCGAAUCUCUCAUUGAUUAAGCUAUCAAUGAGUGGUUUGCUUUUCUUCUCUUUCCCUACUGGUGGCGUUCAUGUUGUUCAGAUGCUUACCGAAGUAUUUCAUUCACUGAAAUCUGGGAAGCUUAAAUCUCCACAGUGGUGUCAUCGGAUAUUCCCUAUUCAGGAAACUUGUGUUCUAUCAGAAACAGAACUACAUGCCACUGUGUCAAAGUUGUUCCUGGACUUCUUCAGGAAUAAGGAAGAUCAAGAUGAGCCUAUCAAGUUCGCAGUUGGGUACAGUAGGAGAGGCAUUGAUGAAACGGUGAAUAAGACGCAGAAGAAUGACAAUAACAGCUCAAUUCAACAAGGUUUAAUGGAUAGGCAACAAUGUUUCAAGGUUGUUGCUGCUGCUGUCAAGUCAGUUGCUAAGGACGCAAUUGUGGAUCUCAAGUCUCCUGAGGUGGCAGUACUAGUGGAGGUGCUCCCCAUUUCUGGGGUGCCUGUUGGAUCUUCGGUGGCCGGGGUGUCUGUUCUCCCAGCUGAACUCGUCUCGGCUAAGCCUCGUCUUUGUGUCAAGGCUUUGGUGUCUGAUACAAAAACAAAGAAGAAGUGAUGCGCCAAUUCGGCUGCAACCAAUCAGAGCACCUGUAAGGCUGUAACGGCAAUAUAUGGAGGAAACGAUCUUCUUCGGCAUGCUCGUCAGCCAUGCCGCAGCUUGAGCAUCCCACAAACAAAGAAAUGGUAUCGCAGCUGUCUUGCCUGGCUCUGAGUAUGUCAAUUUGUAAGCUGCAGUGCUCGUCCCGUUCUUGUUGCUGGAUAUGAUUGUGUUAUACUGUUUCUCCAGACUUUAUGUAGUAGUACUAUUAUGGGCAAUUCAGUGAACUACCAAAGUA